GGAACAGGGAGGAACGGCUGGGAAUCGAGUAAAAGGAGGAGGUGCGAGAUUUCGCGCGUUUACAAGAGCACAAGUAAACCUCCGAGUUGUCUCUCGCGGGACAGGUCUUCGACAGAGACCGGACCGGGUAAAAAUCGCGUGCCAAAAAGAGUCCGCUGCUCCGUAGCUGGCUGGAUUUUAAUAAAUAUCGCAACAGACCUGGCAGACCGGCGUUGCGUUACGCGAGAGGCCCGAACAAAAUGUCCGUGAUGGGUAAGCCAGUACUUUACUCUUAUUGGCGGAGUUCCUGUUCGUGGAGAGUAAGAAUCGCAUUAAAUCUGAAAGAAAUACCGUACGACAUAAAGCCUGUGAGUUUGGUAAAAAGCGGCGGUGAGCAACAUUCCAAUGAGUUUCGCGAGAUUAAUCCAAUGGAGCAAGUUCCUGCGCUCCACAUUGACAAUCACACACUGAUAGAGUCUCUAAAUAUUCUGCAAUACUUGGAAGAGACUAGGCCAAAUCGUCCGCUGAUGCCAGCGGAUCCUGUUAAAAGAGCCAGAGUGAGAGAGAUAUGUGAAGUAAUCGCCAGCGGCAUACAACCACUCCAAAAUCUCGUAGUUUUAAUUUAUGUCGGGGAAGAACGUAAGAAAGAAUGGGCGCAGCAUUGGAUCACCAGAGGAUUCACGGCCGUCGAGAAGUUGUUGUCGUCGAGUGCGGGCAAAUAUUGCGUCGGUGACGAGAUUACGUUGGCGGACUGUUGCCUGGUCCCACAGAUAUUCAAUGCGCGAAGGUUUCACGUCGAUUUGAGACCAUUCCCUACGAUUCUCAGGGUCGAUCGUCAUCUAGAACACCAUCCUGCCUUCACCGCGGCUCAUCCCAAUAACCAGCCCGAUUGUCCGCCCGAGGCGACCAAGUAGCAAGCGAGGCAGACCACUCUUUUCCUCUUCUAAUCUUUUAGAAGUACGAAAAGGUGGUCUGACAUCGCAUGUGGCAAUUCAUAGUGACAAAAGGUGAACGGAUCUUUAAUCGCGUAUUUAUAUAUAAAAUAAAUUUUAUGUGUAAAUUUGCGUAUCAACUUUUUUUGUUUCACAUAUAAAUUACAUUUUUAAAAAGGACAAUAAUUUUGGCAAAAAUCAAAUCUGUAUAAUAAUAAUAUGUAAUAAUUAUUGUUUUGUAUCAAUUUUUUUAAAUUUUAUAUAAAUGGGUUUGAGAUUGGUUUUUAUUAUUUUAUAUCUUAUUAUUGAUAAAACUUGUGUAUAAAUAAUUAAUCGAUCGAAUUGCACCUUUUAUCACUUAUGAACAAUAUUUGGUAUUGAAAUGGUUUUAUUGAUAACAAAAGCGGCAGUAGUCUUGAUUUUACGCGUAAAUGUUGUAUAUCGCAACUGCCGCUUAUCACAACAAGAGCACUUGUGCCAUUUCUUUACUUGCGAAGAGAAGGAAAAUAUUGGCCUAUUUUUAAAGUUACGUUUGUUAUGUUUUUCCUUUUUCUAUACGAAUAUUAUCAAUAAUAUAAAUCGGAAUUUAUAUUUUUUCACGCGAUAUUUUUUUACACGAUAUUUUAUAAAGAUAUAUCGACCUAUUCUAAAUAGGUUUUGUUGAAAUCCAAAAUUUACUUUUUAUACGUACUUAUUGUGAUUUUUUAUUUAACUUUUGCUUGUAUAUGUAAGAAAAAAAAAAGAAUGUUGCUAUUAAAUCUUAGCGAAUAUCCUGAAGUUUUCGUUGAUACGUCGUAGAAUAGCGGACUCACUUAUUUACGUAAUUAUGAAGUACAGUGGGACCUUGAUUAAUCCGACUUGACCCCAGUUGAAUCAAAGUCCGCCGAAUAAUCGAGAAUAAAGAAAGAACGGAGGGUAAACAACUACGUUUGUCUCAAAAAAAUAACUUUAUUUCAAUCGCAGAAGAACCAAACACGAUAUACGGCACUAUGAUCCACUCACUGACGAUACAUAUGUAUACAUAUAUAUAUAUUUUUACAUACAGUAGUGUGUAAAAAUUUCCGGUCAAUGGCUGGAACUCUUAUAAUUUAUAAAAAAAAAUCUAACAAAGUUUUAACCAUUAAGUGUAACUAAAAUACAGGAAAUAAAAUAAUAUAAUGAGGAAAUAUUGUUUAUGUUCGUGAAAAUAUUGCUAUAAUUGUUAUAAUUUACAUGCGCAGAAGUUUGCGAGAAAAAUCAUUAGUUAACAAAAAAAUUCUAAAAUCAAAAUAUACACUUUAGUAAUUUAAAUGCUAUUUUAAUGUCAAUAUUUUGCAAUUUAUAUUGCGGCGAUAACAACGACUCAAUUAGUCGAUUAAUGUUAAGCAGGCGAAAUUUUUAUCCCAUUCUUCUUUCAACGAUUAGAGAAUAAUGCGGCCUUAUUUAAAUGUGUAUGUGUUUUCGAAUUCGACGAUCUAGUUCUUUCCAUAAUGUGUUCAAUCGGGUUCGAAUCUCGUGAUUGAACUUGAAAAAACUCUUACAUUUGCGGAAAACUACUUCCUUAACAGCUUUGAUGUGUGUUUGAGAUCGUCAUUGUGCCGAAGUAUCCAAUUCUGUGAUAUUGAUUUUUCAGCAUGUUAACAAAUGUUUUUUUUUUUUUCUAAAAUGUCCUUGCAAAUAGCAGCUUUCGCGAUCUUGUUGAUCUCGACAAAUGGACUAACUCUCUUAUGAACAUAUUUAAUUCACUAAACAUGAAUUGUCUUAAGCAGCAGUUCUCUUGAUAUCCAAUCUGAUUUGCGUUUAAUGAUACGAUUUACUUUUUUUUUUUUUUUUAGAUAGAAAGACAUUUAUCUUUUGUGGCUUUCCACUACGCUUGCGAUCUUUUAAACUAUAUUCAGCAUAAUAUUUAUAGAAAUAUUUAUGAUUUAUUUUACUUGUCAAUAAUAAUGAAGCGAUCUCACAAGAAUUAACUAUUGUUAUGUUAUAUUUACACCCCUGAAUAUAUAACAUAAUAGUUAAAAUGUUAUUUUUUAAAUAAAUUUUAAGUACUGUAGUGUAGUAAAAUGUCACUGGCCGGAAACUUGUACGCCCCUCUGUAUAUCGGACAUAAUCAAAACUUCGAAGGCAAAUUGUGUAUCCGAUUUAAUCGCGAUCCCACUGUGCGCGCAAACAAAUUCAAAAACGUGAUGAACUACGAAGGGAAACGUGUAAUAAGGGAAUGCGCUCUGCUCAAUAUGUAUCCCAGAUAACUGACAUGUGUAAAAAAAAAAAGUACAAAUCGCAUAUUUCCUUUA